AUGGGCUGUACUUCCGGUUGUGUCAAGUGUUUUCUCAACACCCUCAACACUCUGUAUGCGCUCUUGGGUCUUUCAUUGAUAGCCAUUGCGACGAUCACCCUCUCGAAGGCCCUUGCGUACAUAGUGUUCCUUUAUGGCCUGGGAGGCAUCAUCUUUAUCUCCUCCAUCCUGGGAUGCUGUGGCAUCUGCCAGGAGAAUGUGUGCAUGACCGCAACGUACGGCUUCCUUCUGCUGGGUCAACUGGUAAUCAGCCUGUUGGGCAUCUUCGGCUUCAAGUUCAGCGAAGAAUACAUUGAGAAGUUUGCCGCCGAUGAGGUUCAAAGGCAAUGGGAUCAGGAGCUGGUGGAGCCCGGGGCCAUGGACAUCUUACAGAAAGUGUACCAAUGUUGUGGACGGAACAGUGCCGACGACUAUGUGGCCAUAGGACGCUCUACACUUCCGGCCAGCUGUUAUCCCGAUGAGAACACCCAGAAGCCCCACUUCUUGGAUGGAUGCAUCAAGAAGUCCACCCAAAGCUUUGUGGUGCUCUUUAACUAUAGCAACGACACCAACUGGAUCGCAGUGGGCAUAACCGCCCUGAUGGUCAUUGCCGCCUUCUACUUGGUCGGACGCUUCCGCAAGCAGCGCAUUCGUUACCAUUACUAAAACUUUGGACUUUUGUUAAUAUUGUACAGUUGAUUUUUCA